AUGGUCAAGAGAAAAAUUGAUUCUGAAAACCGAGGCUUUCAAAGCCGGUGGGAGAAUGAGUAUAUGUUUACUGAAAUUGCAGGUAAACCAGUGUGUCUCCUUUGCGGGAGUAAUAUCGCUGUAAUGAAGGAGUAUAACCUAAGACGGCACUACGAGACGAAACAUGAGAACAAAUUCAAAAACCUGAGCGCAGGACAGAAGCUACAAAAGGUAGAGGAGUUGAAGAAGAAUUUGACAUCCCAGCAGACGUUUUUCACCAAAGCAAAAUCACAAAGUGAAGCUGCUGUGAAAGCAAGUUUCAUUGUGGCCGAAGAGAUCGCCAAAUCAGGACGGCCGUUUACCGAGGGGGAAUUCGUAAAGAAUUGUAUGAUGAAAGUGUGCGACGUCCUUUGUCCAGAUAAAACGCGAGCGUUUGCAAAUGUAAGCCUCAGCAGAAACACUGUUGCUAAUCGGGUUUGUGAGAUGGCGACUGAUUUGAAAACACAGUUGAUUGAAAGAGCAAAAGAUUUUGUUGCAUACUCCCUUGCCGUGGAUGAAACUACUGACGCGACUGACACUGCACAGCUGGCGAUAUUUAUCCGUGGUGUGGAUUCCAAUUUGUGCGUAACAGAGGAAAUACUGGACAUUAAAUCGAUGCACGGGACAACGAAAGGAGAAGACAUCUUUGGAAAUGUAUUUCAAAGUGUAACCGACAUGAAACUGCCGUGGGAAAAACUCGUUGGACUUACAACAGAUGGCGCACCUGCUAUGUGUGGUGAAAAAAAUGGACUGGUGGGAAGGAUGCGCUCAAAGAUGCGGGAGGAGAACUGUGCCGGUGAGUUGACAGUGUAUCACUGCAUCAUACACCAGGAAUCGCUGAGUGCUAAAGUCCUAAAAAUGGAUCAUGUGAUGAACACUGUAACACAAACCGUCAACUUUAUCAGAGCCCACGGUUUAAAUCACCGCCAAUUCCAGUCUUUUCUGCGGGAAAUAGAUAGCGAGUUUGGCGAUAUGCCAUAUCAUACGGAGGUCCGGUGGCUAAGUCGGGGAAAAGUUCUCAAAAGACACUUUGAGCUGCGAGAGGAAAUCUGCCAGUUCAUGGACAGUAAGGGGAAAGACUGCACAGUUCUGCGGGAUGAAAAGUGGAAAUGUGAGUUGGCGUUCCUGGCUGACAUAACGUCGCAUCUUAGCGCUUUAAACCUUCAACUCCAGGGACGGGAGCACAUAAUAACCGAUAUGCAUGAUGCAGUGAAGGCAUUUCAAGUGAAGCUGCGCUUAUGGGAGACACAAAUGCACCAAUGCAACUUGUCUCACUUUCCCUGUUGCCAAGUAAUACGGAACCAAGAAAGUGCCACAGUUUUCCCAAAUGCCACCUUUGCUGAAAAACUCAGCGCGCUGCGCACUGAGUUCGCACGGCGCUUCAGUGACUUUGAGGCACAGAAAAGUAACUUCGAGCUGCUUCGCAACCCAUUUGCAGUCGAUGUGGUAACCGCACCUGUAGAAAUGCAGAUGGAGCUGAUAGAACUGCAAUGUAACGGGACACUGAAGGCAAAGUACGACACUGCAGGGCCAGCACAGUUCACUCGCUUCAUUCCUGAAGCGAUGCCGCAGCUCCGCCAACAUGCGGCUCGAAUCCUGUCCAUGUUUGGCAGCACAUAUCUGUGCGAGCAGCUGUUCUCUGUGAUGAAAAUUAACAAAACGUCACACAGGAGUCGCCUCACUGAUGAACACCUGCAAUCGAUCCUGAGAAUCUUCACAACACAGAACCUAACCCCAAACAUAAACGAACUUGUUGCAAAGAAAAGACUCCAAGUAUCAGGCUCUGACUAAAUAGGACAAGAAAAUGGAAUG